AUGAUAUUGAGGGCUUUGGACAAGAGAAGAGAUGAAACGAAAAACUUGAACAUGAACAAGAAGAGAAGACCUUCAUCAUGGCUGUUGAUCCCUCAGGCGUAUUUGCACGUCUAUCUUCACAUCGACGAACCAUUACCUGAACCACAAAUUGUAACUGUAAUGGUCCGGGAACGGUUACUGAACGGAGAUGUUGGAAACGUCGUCGCAACGAACCAAGUCGAACUCCAACGAAGCGGUAAAGCUGUGUUGCCGUUGAAAGCCUCCGAUGUUGAAAGGUAA